AUGGGUCUUCGGCCACGUAUCACGUUCCGCAUACGCGGCAAGCCAACUUCGCUCGCUCAGACGCUUCCUGUUGAAGUGCUAUGUCUUAUUCUCGAUAUAUCGGCAAACAUCGACCCGCCGUGCGGUGUGUGGAGACCGAGGCUAAGUCUUGGAUGUAUUCAAAUUGCACACGUCUGUGCCCGUUGGCGAAACAUUGCGUUGGAAUUCAGUAAUUUCUGGGGGAAAAUUUUGGGCGACCUACCGGCGGCAACAGGAGUGCUCUUCGAGCGCACGCGCAGUGCCCCGUUGACCAUCCGACCCGGCGCUCACGGCCUUCUUGCCAGCGCUAACGCACGCUUCAAGCAGCACUUGACCACGCAAGCGCUCGCGUUACUCCAUCCCGAUCGUAUUGGCGUCCUCGAUUUGUCCAAGGACUACGGAAUUUCUGACAAUAACCCUCACUUUUGGCUACCUCUGAUGCUACAGCCCGGGUUUGGACGGAGCCUUACUAUCUUGAACAUCAACCAGCCCGUGGACAGCCCGAUAGACUUUACCGGCGUGUCCAUCAGAUUCAACAUCCCCCACCUCCGACAGGUCACAUAUGCACACACUCACUUCAUCUUCGUGAGCCCGGCGUUGAGGUCGUUGACUCUAGACAUGACCAUAAACGGUCUAUCAGCUAGACGAUCUCCUCCAGUCCUCAGAUUCCACGACUUCCUUGAGACUGUGCGUCACACAUCAUGUCUCCAGGAGCUCCGGUUUGCUUUCAGGGAGACUGGGAGCAUGGCGAUCAAAGCAGACGACGUUUUCAAAGAUACAUUAGCCCCGAUAUCCGUUGACGACAUCAUCCCUCUUCCCACUUUGCGCUACAUCGGUCUUGACGGCAGCCUUCGCCUUUGCACCAGGGUUCUCCAUGCCGUCGAUGCCCCUCCCGAUACCACCAUCCACUACUAUAUGCGCGACGUCCGCUUGGACCAGAACACCGACUUUACAUCCCACAUGGCGAACCUUUUACAGUGCAUGCUUCCGCAACUACAAUAUACAGGGCACCAGAGUGUAGCCCUCGGCAUCUCCUCCCGGAAGCUCGAUCUGGGCCUCUCUUGUCGUGUCAACGUCGACAGGGUAUGGCCAGCCGAACGUCACAUUCCGCACAUUUGCCUCUCUGUGCGGUUUAGGGGAGAGGAGUACGGCUCCGCGCCCGAGGCCGCUCUUGGGCACUCUCAGUACGCAGAGGUCAUGGGAUCAUUCCUUGAUCUUGUGCGCACCCCGAACAUUCGGACAUUGGACACCACUCUCUGUCAUGUCGCGCAACCUCAGGUGCUCGGCCUGCUUUGCCAACAUACAUUCCCAUCGUUGGAGGAGCUCGCCAUUGACAUCAACUCUCCCGCAUACAUGUGCGCACUCCUCGAUCAGCCAUCCGCAGCGCCAGAGUUGCAUCGCCUAUGCGUUGUGAACACACGACGCGAAAGAUCCGGCGAGCGUUGGGAGAAAAUAUGGUCAAACCUCACCAAAGCCCUCGAAGACACUGGACACCGGAUCACCUUACUACGGUUCUGUGCGGCCCGCUUCGUACGGCCCGAAUUCAACGUGGAGCUAAUCUGGGCCACGAGGUGGUUCUGGAGAGCUAAUAGACGCGGCAUUACGCGAACGAGGAAGCUGGUUGAGCGUGUCACGGUUGAAACUGGGCCGCUCGACGAGACCCUAUGGAUAGACUGGAGUGACGAGAUGACCUGGUCAAGCCACUCAGGCGGGGCGAUUUCAAUUGAGGGUCGUGAUCCGUACGAUUUAGGCGAUUAA